CGUCCCCCUGGCGCUCGGAGAGGGGCAGCGACGGGCGCUGAAACCGGCAGAAAGGCCUCGAGUGGGGCAGGUGCAAAAUAGCGGGCGAGGAGGGAUUCUUCUGGAAGAUGGGAGGAUGCGGGAGUGACACAUCUGAGCCUCCCUGUAUCCUCAAUGACUACUGCAGUAGGAGCAGUGCAGCUUGAACUCACUCCCCCUCCCCAUAUUGCUCAGCAGAUUUUUAAAAAGGCCCCUUCAGUGUCUGUAAGUGCUGCCCUCUCGUCCCUGCAUCCUCUCCUGCUGAAAGGGCCCUUUACAUCAUCUUCAGUAGCAGAAGAGCAAGAAAAGCCAUUUCAAAAGGCUUUUUCAUAAUGGCAUUUAGAAGUAGUCUGCUGAACUUGGUUUCCAGGAAAUUACUUGUCUCAGUUUGAACAAACAUUUAUCUUUUUCUAUGUACAACUUAAUUGCUUUUAAUUGUACAUUUCUGUACUACAGUGAAUGCAAGAUAGGAAAUAAAAUGUCAUACGUUGUGUCUACUUUGAUGUAGCUAGAUAUCCAGUUAUUUGGAAUAAAUCAACCCUCUGUCUGGUUUGGACUCUUCAUAACAUAUGUUACCUUCCCCAGCUCCUGCCCCCUGCUAAAGCCUCUUCUGACUGCAGGGUGGAUCGGUGGCAUCGUGAGCAUUUCUGGGGUGUUUAGUCCUCGAGGGAAGACCAGAACUUAACUACUAUCCGCACAAAAAUGGGCAGUGCCAAUUGCUCGCGUGUUGGGGGAAGAUGAGGAGGUGUUUGUUGUUCUCAGUGGGUUGCCUGCUCCUGUUCAGAGUUCAGGAAAAGGGGCAUGCCUGGCACAGGGCAGAGCCAUCACCGUGCCGCAGCCUUCGGCGCUGGGGCUGCUCCGUGCCUCUUCUGCACAGUUCAUUUUCUUGUUCUUGGGCAGCAGAAACUCGAGUACCUGGGAAUAACAGUUAUGAUGGCAACAGCAAGAAAGCACACCCUCACAUUUGUGCUAAAUACUAUCAUAAAUAUGUAGGUACAAGCCCAGUUUAAAUCCUGUUGAUACAGGGGAAAGGAAAUAAAAAUAUAAACACUUGCUCAAAUAUCUAUCAUCAAGAUUAUUUUGCUACUUUGAAAUAUCAGAGCCCUUGGCUUCUACAGCAGAUUAACCAAAUGCUCUAUAAAGUAUUUUACAGUUAUUAUGUAUGGAGCUGUGGCUGUUUGAUACUUCUAAGCAGUGUAAAAUUCUCUUGAUUUUUUUGUUUUGCCAGAUCUCUGCUCUAAUAGGUAACAGCUCAAAUAGAUGAUUUGUCAUCUCCCCUGUAGAAAGAGGAGGAAGCUCUUCUGGUCCCUUUGAGCUGCUCGGACGUGCAGAAAGCAUUUGCCAGGAUCCGGCUCCCUCUUGCGGGGAGCUGCGCAGCAAGAUGAGUGCAGAGAGAUGGAUGCAGCAUCCGCAGGGAAAGAUCUGAUUUUGCACUGUGAUUUUUCUCUACAGUUAAUGUUAAUUCUCAUCCUUGCUAUAGGUUUUAAACUCUUAUUAAAGAAAACAGAAUAGCUUAAUCUUUGUUCAUUUAUUGGCAAGUUCUGGGCUCUGCCUGUUUGUGCAUUAAGCAUGGUUCUAGCUCAGGGAUGAAGGUAGGCCUGGUCUUUAAAAUUGGGCUUGUCCAGUUUCGUGAUCAGAAACAACCUGCCUUUUGAAAAAGAUAAAUUGCAAGCAGCAGGUUAACUAAAGCCCAGUUCACCAAAAGAUUCAUCCGCUAAUAACUGUUCACCACUAAUCACCUCUAGCUGUUCUGAGAAACAUUGCCUUAUGACGUUUUCUGACAAAAGCAUACUGUGAUUUACUUGAUCGUCCUGAGUAUCUACUUCAGCUUGUUGGCAGAAAAAAGAACCAAGUAUGCUCUCAUGAGAUACAGCAACAGAUAGAACAGCUCUAGCUUAUUUAAAAGCUGUGGUUCUGUUUAACUAAGAAGUGUACGGCUUCUGAUGAGCCAGUCUGGUAUCCCACAAUAAAGCACCUUCAGUGGGGGUAGCUUUAGGUCAGAAUGCAAUUUUUAUUCGGUUUGGUAGAGCAGACAUCAAGAUGCCCUGAAGAAAGUGAGUCCAAUUUGAUCCUGUAUCUGACAUUUUUGUAAGUGGGAAACUAAAAUUUGUCCCUGAUCUACAGCCAACAAUUAUCCUUCGUUAUCUCAGGUUACCCUACCCAGCUCCCACCCUGUUUGUCCUUCCUUCCUCCCUGAGCCUGGUAGGUGCCCAUCCUGUGAUUCCCAUUGCAGUAAGCUGAACAAUCAGCUUAACUUUCCUGCUAAACUAGAGCGGGAAGAAUACUGUGCUUUAAAGAGUGAAAGUAAACAACAGCUCUCACAACACUGAAAGUCCUACUAGCAUUUUACAUUAGGAGCCCCUAUGAAGUAGUACCAGUUUUAAGUCCUACCGGUAUAGGCAGAGGUUGUGGAGUGUGCUUAGAGCAUGUAAGAGCAUGGUUUCUCACAACUACAGUGGAAUAAUUAUAUUUCUUUUUGCAGAAUCUGUGUCAUCACCUUGGCAGAAGCCCAUCCUCUUCUUCAAAGUGGAAAAACAAUUAAAAGCAUUAAUUACCAAAUCAGUGCCAACUGUAGCAGACUCCAGAAUAAGGUCUCUGGGAAGUCAAAAAGGGAUAUCUUCAACAGAUGGAGAAGAAUACACCAUUUAUAGCUGUAUACGAGGGCGACUGAUAGAAGUGAAUGAAAACAUUCUUAGCAAUCCCGCUAUUCUGCAAGAAAAGCCAUCAACCGAGGGAUACAUUGCUGUGGUUCUACCCAAAUUUGAAGAAAGCAAGAGUAUAACUCAAGGACUUCUGACGCAGAAGGAGUACGAGGAAGUUUUGCUGAAACGUCUUAAUUCUUCUUCAUGAAAUUAGUUACACAGGUAUCAUUU